CGUGGUGGCGUUUGUGGGAAAAGGACAUCAGAGCCUGGUGGGAUUCAACGGCGUCUUGGGGGCGGCGUGCUUUGUCUCCACUGUGGUGGCUGGCUCCGUUUGUCUCGUGGCGGCCAGCAAGGCUCCGAGGGUCCAGUUGCACCGAUCGUCCUUUAUACGAGACCUGACCUUCUUCCUCCUUGCUGUCUUGGCCCUGUGUGUGCUGGUGUGGCAGCGCGCGGUGCACCUACACCACGCACUGCUCUUCUUCUCCAUCUACCCCGCCUACUGCAUCGCUGUCGCGCUCUACCACUGCAUGCCAACACCCGAGGCACACACCCCCAGGUUCCAGAUACAUCCCUUCAUUCGCUCAGUGUCCCAAGCAACGAUACCCCACUGGCUGUGGACGCACGAACGCUCGCUCUUCCACUCGCGCCUACACACCCACCACUACCUUCACACCAACAACUAUCUCCCCCUCCCCUUCAUCUUCUCCCGGGAGAAUUCGGCCAAUAGCGACGCGCCACCUGGGCACGUUGAGGCUGAGGACGUGACAGCUGGCAGCGGCAGCUGCUCUGUGGUGCUGCCACCCCGCCUACUGUCCCCCCCGCUGUCCUCCUCCCCGUCCCACACCGCUCCUCCCGUGCUUCACUCUGCUGCCUCUGCUGAUUUUUCCGGUGCUGAUGAUGCAUAUUCUGCUGCUGCUGCUGGUAGUGCUGGUGGUGUGGCUGGUGCUGCUACUGCUGAUGGUGUGCCUGCGGGUGGUGCCGCUCGUGGUACUGGUAACCGCAUGGCGGCGAGUGUAACAGGCGAGCUGAGAGAACCACUGUGGGGCUAUGACGAGGAAAUGGAAGACCCAGAGCUGCGCCCCUGGACCUUUGCCGGUUUCUGCGAGUACUUCAUAAAGUUCCCGCUCACGCUGCCCCUCCUCUGCUCCAUCCCCGUCCACCACAAAGACGAGUGGUCCAAACCCUUCGCAGUCCUCUCCUCCCUCCUCUCCCCCCUCCUUUUCACCACCUUUGUCCUGGGUGCCGAUUCCGAUCGACUUGAAUUUAUCCUCGCUGCUUCCCUCGGGGUUUUCCUCGCCUGCCUCACUUACUACACUACGGAAGAGGAAUCCCCACCGCAGUCCUUUCUACCCUCUUUACUCUGGCAAGUGCUAGUGCGUUUCUUUGGCUUCGCAGACGAGAAGGACGAGUGGGUAUCAGCUCGCCUCUCCGUGCGCCCGCGCUCCUUCCCUCUCUCCCCUUCAACCACCCUCUCCUCCCCCGCCCUCUCUCCCCCUUAUGCAGCAAGUGCUAUGCGUUUCUUUGGCUUCGCAGAGGAGGAGGACGAGUGGGUAUCAGCUCGCCUCUCCGUGCGCCCGCGCUCCCUCCCUCUCUCCCCUGCGAGGGCUCCGAGUGUGUUGCCGUGCUGCCUGCCUUGGGACGGGCUGCCUGUUACUCACUCCCUGUCUGCUACUGCCCAAGACCCACUGCUGCUUCCCCACUGCUUGUUUCCCAUUCCCUCCCCCUCCCCGCACAUGCACAUAGCAAGUGCUGGUGCGGUUCAUCGGCAAGUGUUGGUGCGUUUCUUCGGCUUUGCAGACGAAGAAGACGAGUGGGUCUCAGCCCGCCUCUCCGUGCGCCCGCGCUCCCUCCCCUGCGAGGGCUCCGAGUGUGUUGCCGUGCUGCCUGGGGACGUCGUUCUCUGCUUCCAGGAAGCUUCCGACCAGGCGCUUUAUUUUGAUGCUGACGUGCGGGACGUGCAGAGGAGGCGGCAUGAUGUGAGGGGGUGCAGAUGCCGGUUCUGGGUGCGAUAUCGGCACGACAACACCGAGGUGAGUGUGGUAUACAAUAAGAGAGGCCAUACUGCUAGUCAUGUGAGUGCGGACGUGCGGGACGUGCAGAGGAGAAGGCAUGAUGUGAGGGGGUGUCGGUGCCGGUUCUGGGUGCGAUACCGGCACGACAACACCGAGGUGAGACGGAUAUGGCAUGGCACCAGUGGGUCCGACCAGGCGCUGUAUUUCGAUGCUGAUGUGCGGGACGUGCAGAGGAGGCUGCAUGACGUGAGGGGGUGCCGGUGCCGGUUCUGGGUGCGAUACCGGCACGACAAUACAGAGUGUGUGAGGGAUGUGCAGAGGAGGCGGCAUGAUGUGAGGGGGUGUUGGUGCCGGUUCUGGGUGCGGUACCGGCACGGCAUUACAGAGGUGAGAUGGGUAUUCACUAACAGAGGCCAUACUGCUACUCAUGUGAGUGCUGACGUGCGGGACGUGCAGAGGAGGAGGCAUGAUGUGAGGGGGUGCAGAUGCCCGUUCUGGGUGCGAUACCGGCACGACAACACCGAGAGGACAGGGCACGAUGUGAGAGGGUGCAGGUGCUGGUUUUGGGUGCGAUACCGCCACGACAAUACCGAGGUGAGAUGGAAGGUUGGACACGUGAGCUGCUACUGCGGGGAGUGGGGGAGUGCGGGACGUGCAGAGGAGAAGGCGGGCCGCGAGACUGCUACUCAUGUGAGUGGAGACAUGAGGGAUGUGCAGAGAAGGAGGCACGAUGUGAGGGGGUGUUGGUGCCGGUUCUGGGUGCGGUAUCGGCACAACAACACCGAGGUGCCGGUUGUGGGUGCGCUACCGGCACGACAACACCGAGGAGGUGGUGCCUCUGCGCAAGAUCUGCCCAAGGCCCGAGACAGAGAGGCAGUACCCUUUGCGCAAGAUCUGGCGAAGGCCGAGACAGAGUACAGAAUGAAGGCAGUACAGCAUAAGAACUCACCCCUCUUGCCUUUCCACCCUCCACCCACCUGCUCCCCCCAUCAGGAGGUGGUACCUUUGAGAAAGAUUUGCCGAAGGCCCGAAACAGAGUAUAGAGUGAAGGCAGCAGAGCAGGUGGCUAAGGCGGUGGGAGGAGGGGAGGGGAAGAAGGCGAGCGUGAAGCAGAGUAAAGGGAAUUAA